AUGAGACGUCCGCUCUCGCCCACGUUGGCCAAACUGGCCGAGGAGGAGCUGAACGAGACGCCCGACCGCAUACAACAGGACAUCAUCAUCCUUCGAGUGUGGAUACGACAGCAGCCGCAUCUACGUGCUCGGACCGAAGAUGAUUUCCUGAUUGCCUUUUUGCGUCGUUGUCGCUAUAGUUUGGAGGAGACAAAGCGACGCAUCGAUCGCUAUUUCACGCACUACAAUUUAUUUCCCGAGGUGAUGAGCAAUCGCUGCAUUACGCAGCGACUUCUGGAAAUCAAUCGAUUGGGUGUGUGCCUAUUUCCUGACUUGCCCAAGGGCAACAAUCGAGCAGCUUUGUUUGUGGCUCGCUUUGGCCACUUCGAUCCGAAUCAAUAUAGUCUGCGGGAGAUUUAUCACUUCACCUCGAUGGCAGUGGAGAUUAUUGCGCUGGAGAACGAUUACGCUUCGGUGGCGGGCAUCUGUGAGAUUAUCGAUCUGGAGGGUGCGAACUCGGAUAAAAUGCGUCGCUUCGACAAGGUUUUCUUUCGCAAAUGGUGGAACUUUCUGCACGAGUGCAGUCCUCUAAGGGUGCGAGAGGUGUAUGUCAUCAACAUGCCCAAGGACAUACAGAGCACCAUUCUAUUCCUGUACAAUCUGCUUAGCGCGCAGGUUAAUUAUCCGAUUCAUGUGCUGAAGACUCCAGGUGAGCUGUUCGAGCAUAUAGGUAAGGAGUAUCUGCCAGAGGAGUAUGGUGGCACCAAUGGCCAUAUGGUGGAGACUAUUGCCUAUAUGGAGGAUCUGCUGAACAGCUAUCGCAGCUACUUCGAGCAGGAUCAACAGUAUGGCACCAUUGAGGAGUUGCGAGCUGGCGAGAUAACCACCUAUGAGGCAGAGUUUGGCGUCAAUGGUUCAUUUCGCAAGCUCAACUGGGAUUAGCUAAAAGGUCGACGUCAUUGUCAUGUUUAUUUUACUUUUAUUGUGCUCACAAUGUACCCGGCAUCUAUGAUAAUGGAAAGGGUAUAUCUAACUGUAUGUGGAAGUCAUCAAAUAUUAAUUAAGUAUUUUUGUCUAUAGUAUCUAUAAUAUCUGUUCAAUUU